AUGGCUUUGCAGCCAGACAGGACUCCCACCUCAAGCAGAUCCAGAUCCAACUUAACCCAGCAGAUCGAACAACAUGAGGGCGAGCGGACUCCUCGGUCCCUCAGAACGUCCGACAGUGGUUCUCCCAAACCCAGAUCACUUUCCGACGCUCCCAAGCCCAUGCUGUCUCCCUCUCCUGCCUUCCGUGAACCAUUACGACGAGUUUCAAAAGACGAUUCAGUCAUUGCAAGCCCCAGUACACCUCUCCGCUCGUCGUUCCACGCCCGCGGUUUGUCUCUGCACAUGCCAUCUAAAGACAGCGCCGAAGACAUGUCUUCUGCCAUACCACGUGUUCCUCUGUCUCCGAAGUUGGACUCUUCACAGAUCUACGGCUCCCCCGCCUCUAUGCUUCCUAGGAGGUCUCGUGGCAUGGACUACACAAGAGCCUGUACAAACUUACAUCAUUCAACACUUGCCGAAGCAUCUCCCGACGCCUCCCCAAUUACUGGAAGAGGCAUUCAGAUCCCCAACCGACGCAGUCUGACAAACAACGUGCUUGACUCGCCAAGUAACAAUGCCUCAGCUUCCCUAUGGUCGCUGUCGAAUGAACGAGUGAACCUGUCCAGUUCUGUCAGCAGUGUUAAUAUGCUGGGGUCGGAUUCUGAUUCUGACUCUGGCGACUCAUCGGACGAAAUGGCUAUAGACCGAGAGCUGGAUGACCCAGUGCUCAACACCCCGGCAGCAUCAAGACUGAAUGGUGCGAUGAUUUCGGGUUUGAUCAGUAGCCCAGGUAUGGACUGGAUGAACAAUCAACCAUCGCCCGCACAAGCAAGUCUUAUGAGUUUCCAUCCCAAUUUGAUGAGUUUCAGGAGAGCUCGGAUGCGUAAGGGGAAGAGUCAACAUAGCUCGAGCAGUGUCAGCAUGAAUAGUUCCAAGCCCUCGCCUGGACCCCUAUCACCCGGAGUGCUCAAGAGUGUAGAAACGACCGGAGGCAGUUAUUUUGGAACGGGCUUGACCAAACAGCAGGUACAAUCGCGGCGCGAAAGUCUGAGUCUGGGUACAAACGACCUUCAUUUGUCUGACAGCGAAGACAAUAGCUCAAAUGGCAACAACAAAUCCCAUGCAGGACAAUCUCUGUCAGACAUGGAUGCUGAGGGUCCUCGAGGAGUAAUCCGCCGAGCAGUGACACGACGAGGCAAUUUACUUCCCAAAACCAAAGGAUUUGCUCGCAUUCGGGCUGCACUACUCGAGGAAGCGGCUCCCAUCGAAAGCGAGGCUCGACGAGAGGCUGAGGUAAUUCGACAAGUGCAAGAAAGUGAUGCUGUGCCAUCACAAGCCACGUCGCCUAUCUUGCACUCGAGUAAUCCGUUCACAGCCGAGGCGGUUGAGGAAUCAAUCGAGGAGAUGAGCAUCGAUGCCAGACCCAGCUUGCCAGCUGAUAGCUUCAGUCGUCAAGCGGAGAAGAAUGGGGCCGGCCUUGGAUUCUGGAAUGCAUUUGAUGAGCGAUACCGAACUCCGCCUCCUGCAUUCCUUCCUCGUGAGAGCUCGUCAGCUAUCAGUGAUGAGCCAAUGGAUAUACCUGGUUCUUCACUGGACAAUCCGGCCCUUCGACACUUCAACAGAUCCCGCUCCAGGUCCUCGACUCCACUUGCAUCGUUGCCACCCACAGCAAACGACGUUGCACGCAGAGUUACUAAGCGUCGACGGGAUGACGAUUUCGACCCAUAUUUUAUCAAGCGACGAGCAGUCUCCCCGGGACUCAGUGUGCAAAGCAGCCCCGUCCUUCCGCAGAGCCCCAGUAUGACAAACGACAAAUCAUGGUCCAAAUUGCCACCAAAAGCCAAUGUUUCAGGGGAUCGAAGUAACAGUGGAAGCAAUAUGAAUGGCGGGAAGAAGGUCGGUCUGCAGGGGAUGACAGAAACCAAUGAAGGCAUCAUGAGCAUGAGCAUUGAUUGA